ACGAGACACCGACCAAUAAGAAUACGAAGAAAAUGGCGCGAAGCUUUACCGCGAAAUUUUGGAUUUAUUUUGGCGGCAAAAGGAUGUGCCAAUGGCGCGCCUAUGAGAGUUGAUUAUGGAGGAUUGCGUGUGUGAAGACAUGGCGGAGAAGUGUCGUGAAAAUUCGCAAUUUUUGACGCCCAAAAGGGAACCAAAAGAUUCUGUGACGAAGAUGUCAUUUCCAGGAAGUCCUCCUGUGAAGGAUAAUUCUUUGUACCCUUGGAAUUGGGGUGAAAAUGCGUGUAAAGUGGAGUUAAAUAGCCCGUCCUGUGGCAGCAGUGGGAGUAACCCCAGUGAUGAAAGCCCCGACCCUCGUAAUUGUGAGACGAGAAGAGGUCGUCCUCGAGCUGAUUCUAUUAAUACGUUGAUCAUCGAAGGAGCGCAGUCACCCAGCAGCAUCAAGUGUCCAAUAUGCAACAGAGUGUUUCCUCGAGAAAAGUCCCUGCAAGCUCAUCUCAGGACGCACACAGGUGAACGUCCAUACCAAUGUGAUUAUCCAGGAUGCACCAAAGCCUUUACACAGAGUGGUCAGUUGAAGACCCACCAGCGUCUUCAUACUGGGGAGAAACCUUUUAUUUGUUCUGCUACAGGUUGUACUUCGCGUUUCACCCAUGCAAAUCGUCACUGUGCCGAGCACCCCUUUGCAACGUUGCAACGAACGGCGGACCCAAACAUCAAUCCGCAGUUGUCGCCAGCAGAAUGCACCGAAGAGGUGAUGCGUUGGCUGGAGAAGUACCGUAAUGAACGAAUGGAACGUACUCCAGCCAAAGUUAGAAGCACCAAAAGAGAAUUAGAUGGCACUCCUGAGACUCCACGUACACCCUCUUCUGAUUCAGACAUUAUGUCUCCUCCACCCAUAAAACGUACAAAGUCUCGGCGUGGACUUGGCCCAUUAAUGGAGAACUCUAUAAUGCAUCAGGUGGUUGGGCCUGGAAAUCAUGAUGAAAAUGCAUACAUGCCUAACAACAACAACAGUUACGUUGGAAAUGAGAACAAGUAUAGCGAAUACCAGCGUCCCGUUCGUCAAAUACCCGUUUCCCCUCUUCAUAACCGCGUGCUGAGGAACACUGAGAAUAUUCAGUCACCUUUGAAGUCCAUAAACUAUCGUGGUUUCGACAUGGAAGGCAUAAAGCCAUUGGCAGAAACAGAAGAAGCCUUGUAUUCCCAGGCUAGUAGCAUGGUAGCUACACGUCCUCCACCUCUCUCGCCGGUUGAACCAGAAGUUGUCCUAGGCUUAGGAAUCCCAAGAGAUAUGCAAAUAACUUACAGUGAGAUUCCUCCAGAUCAGCUUUUAGAAGGUGACCAUGUUUCAGUAGCAAAUGCCUGGAAUUCACCAAGAGGUCCUUCUGUCCGCACAGAGUACAUUCCUCAGGAGUACGUUGAUGAGAAAUCUAAUUCUGACUGUUAUCAUCAAGAUAAGCUGUCACCAGUUGUCCUUUCACUUCCGGUGUCAUCCGAGUACCCCCACGAAAGCUAUGACCAUCCCUCGUCAGACGAGACUUCUCCCAGGCCACCCGAGAAUUCUGUCCAAUCUGAAGAAACCUGGCGAAUGCGUCAGCCAAAGAAGAGAUGGUUGCGUGAAGCUCGUCUGGAGCAAGGUGAAUUGGAGAAUACCAAAUCUAGUAAUGAAUUUGAACCUCAAGCAAGACCAUCUGUUGUCGUUAAAGCUUCAUCCACAGUACCUGCUAACCCUUCAGCUGUACAAGUGCAAGUGGGAGACACUAAAGAAAAAUGGAUGGGUGCAAUGGCUUUGAUUCAGCUAGCAGAGGUAACAGAAGAUGGUGCCCAGCCACUCAACCUUUCCAAUUCACGGUACACAUCUUUGUAAAAUGUCUGCUUUGGGUGGAUCUUUUUAAAGGAAAAUGGCAUAUUUUGUGAGCUUUUCAACUCUUGGGUUGUAUUUGCUGUUUCUACUUGCUAGUCGUCUGCUGUUUGCAGUAAACUGAGAAUGCUUUGAUGCUUUAUUACAAAUUAAAAUUGUUAUAUAUUUUGUGGUUUAUAGAAAUAAAUUUUUAUUUCCCUUUUGUAAAUAAAGUGACUCAUAACCAGUCUGGUUAUGAUAUUACAAGAUUAUAUAUAUAUUAACAUUGUACCUGGCUUGGCCUUUAUUCAGACUUUAGCUUGCUUAUAUUUUAUUUGAUUUUCUGGGUAAAGGCCAUUUAGUUAUUACUAAAUUUAUAUAUUGUGUACAUAGAUUGGAGUAUGUAUCUUAGCUUUAUACUGAAUCAUAGAUUAUUAAUACCCAGUCAUGCUAUGUACAUUGAUAAUA